AUGAACCAGCAGUGUGCCCUGGUGGCCGAGAAGGCCAACGGCAUCGUGGCUGCACCAGGAAUGGACCUGACGUUUGUUUUCGACCGGGUUUUCGGGGAGGGGGCCACGCAGGAGGAGGUUUUCCAGCACAGCACCCGCGGGCUCCUGGACAGCGUCCUCAGGGGCUACAACUGCUCCGUGUUUGCCUACGGCGCCACAGGAGCAGGGAAAACCUACACCAUGCUGGGCUCGGAGCAGAGCCCCGGCAUCAUGUACCUCAGCGUGGUGGAGCUCUACAAGAGGCUGGAGGCCAGGAAGGGGGAGAAGAGCUGCCAGGUCCUGGUCUCCUACCAGGAGGUCUACAACGAAGAGAUCCAUGACCUGCUGGAGCCCAAGGGCCCUCUGGCCAUCCGGGAGGACCCUGAGAAAGGAGUGGUGGUUCAGGGUCUCUCCCUCCACCAGCCCAGCUCGGCAGAGCAGCUCCUGGAGAUGUUGGCCAGGGGCAACAAGAACCGGACCCAGCAUCCCACCGAUGCCAACGCCACCUCCUCCCGCUCCCACGCCAUCUUCCAGGUCUGCGUGGAGCAGCAGGACGUGGCUGGUGGCCUGGCUGCGGGUCUGCGCGUGGGCAAGCUGAGCUUGGUGGACCUGGCGGGCUCGGAGCGAGCUUCGGUGGCCAACACCAGGGGGGAGCGGCUGCGGGAGGGGGCCAACAUCAACCGCUCCCUGCUGGCCCUCAUCAACGUCAUCAACGCCCUGGCUGAUGCCAAGAGCAAGAAGAGCCACGUCCCGUACCGGGACAGCAAGCUAACCCGCCUGCUGAAGGAUUCCAUCGGCGGCAGCUGCCGCACCGUGGUGAUCGCCGCCGUCAGCCCCUCGGGGCUGGCCCACCAGGACACCUACAACACCCUCAAGUACGCCAGCCGGGCCAAGGAGAUCAAGCGGUCGCCCAAGGUGCUGGGCUCCCGGUGCCCGCGCUGCAGACACGCCGUGCGCUGCCAGCAGCUGCAGGCAGAGGUGGCCGAGCUGCGGGCCAAGCUCCGCGGGCAGCAGGAGGCAGAGGAGCGGGCGCUGGUGCUGCCACCUGCCCUCGUCUGCAGCCCGGGGGGGCUGCCCAGGUCGGAGGCCCCUGUCCCCAGGCCCUGCUCCUCAGGCCUGGCUGAUGGCAGGGAGGGGCAUGGAGAGCAGCUGGAGGCUGGGUGGCCCCUUGGUCCUCAGCUGGGAGCAGAGGAGGAGCCUCUGCCCACGGGCUCUGUCUCUGGAGGAGGUGCCCGAGAGGUGCUGCUGGUGGUGCUGAGCCCCCGGUGCUGGUGCCCCUGGCUCAGGCCGCCCUGCUGA